GCCAAAAUCAGUCGACACAGCACGCGCCGAGGAAAAAGAUCCCGCGAGGAAGAAAGAGGAGCGACCAAACUCAGCCGCCUCGAUCCGAUCCAUGGACGCGGCGAUGGAGGACGCGGGGAGCGAGUGGGACCGCGGCAGCGGCGGGGCCGACGCGGUGCUGGGCCUCGCCGGCGCCGGCGCCUCGCUGUCGGUGUGCUACCACGAGGCCUUCGGCCCCCACGCCGACCUCAUCCUCCUCGAGGCCGCCGACGACCUCCUCCCCGACCUCCUGCAAGGCCGGGUGACAGUAAGGGGCCGCCCUGAAGAAGAAGCUGUUCUGUGCACACCAUCGGCGACCUACGCUAUGAAGUUUGUGGGCACAUCCAACUCCAUGUUCCUCAUACCACCCGGUGAAGCUGUCGCGGCAAGCCUAAGACCCGACCAUACCAAUGAGGAUGCUACCGUUGCCAGCGAUGCGGCCGCUUCGAUCAUCAAGGUUGCACCAGGGAGCAUCGAAUUAGUCCGAACGGCUCCGCGGCUCGACAAACUCAGGAGCCUUCUCAGGGAGAGGCCAUACGUGCUUGAUGAGGAUCUUGGAGAUGGCUCUGAAGACAAGAAGGGGCUGUACACGUGGCAAGACCUAUGUGUGCUUGUUCAGUCCAGUGACAGCGAGCUGCUGGAGGGGCUGAAUUCCCUCUCGGCUGUCGAGAUUGAUGGGUUCUGGAGGACCGUGGAUGUCGGUUCCGUGAACACGGUUCUGGACAUGAUUCUGCACAACUCCGUGUUGCAUGACUGGCUGCUAAAUGCUUUGCCGGAAAAUGGUGUGCUAUCUGUCAUGGAAUCUGACGGUUUUAUCCAUAAGAUUGUAACCCACUGCCUCAGCAGAUUCGGCACGAAGGUUGAGCAAGAAGGAGGAAGUUGUUGGAGGCUUGAUGAGAGACUGGUCUGCUUGCAGUUUGCCCGAAGAGCGCUCAGCACGGGAAAGAUGAAGCUCAACAGCUUCAUGGAUAAAUGGGAACGAAGCAUCCCUUCAGGAAUGCGUCCAGAUCUUCAGAUGCUUGAAGGGGAAGUGCUGUACGAAAGGCUUGGGGCUGAGACCUGGGUGCAUGCUUUCAGUGUCGCCGAUCUGCCGUUUCCAGCUGAGAGGUUUGCGGCACUAUUCCGGGAGCGGCCAAGGUGGGAAUGGAAAGACCUGCAGCCCUUCAUCAGGGACCUGCGCGUACCUGGUGCGUCUUCAGAAGGGUUGCUGAUCAAGUACGCAAGAAGAACGCAACCAAGCGCUGAUGCCGAUCCUAUUUUUACUGCUAGAUAGAUGAUCAACCUACCCUGCUACAAAAUCCAUGUUAUGGUUGUGGCCCUUGCCGCUGCUGGUAAACUGCUGGUGUUGCUGCAUUUGAUCUGGAUAUUGUAGACAACAGAAGAUUGCCAUUGGUCACCCCUCUCCCUGUCUUUCUCCUUAAUCCAAAAAACAUUCCGUGUUUCAGUUUAGACCGAUUCGUAUUACUCUUAUUGCAUGAAUGCUGAAUAUAUGGGUAGAGCGUAUUUGAUCCAAA